AUGCCUUGGUGGUGUCUUUUUCUUCUUUUUCUUCCCACAAUCAAUUCACUUUCAUACAAAUGUGAAAAUAAUCAGAUUCUUGUCGUGCAAUCCUUUGGAAAUGACACGAUUCGAAUGCAUUGUCAACGUUUGGAUUUAUGUGGAUAUCAGCAAUUGAAAUGUGAAUACGAUAAAAUGCAACCGCAUUGUGGAGGAAAGACGAAUUUCGUCUCGCAUGUCAAUCAGAAUACGCCGACUGGAUUAGUCGAGCAUACUUGCUGUCAACUCUACAAUCCAAAUCCGCCGAAUCAUGUGCCAACUCAUGAUGGAAAUGAUUGUUUUAUCUAUGAAUUACCGGAUGGAUCAACACAUCCUCAAGGAGAAGUUCUUCAACCAUUAACUCCAUUGAAUGCUGAAGAUAAACCAUUGACGAUAUUGAAAAGUGCUUCCGAGAUUCCAUCACAAAUUGAUGGAUAUUCUGGAUAUCGAUUGAGACUGUUUCUACUGAGAAAUAAAAGUCCGCCAACACUACUUGUGAAAGGAAUUGAAAGAAGGAUUGAUGGAUAUCGAGUGACAAUUUGUAGACCAAGAUGUGGGACAAUUCCAUCGGGAUGGAGAGGGGUUUCGUGGAACAGUUGGAGUGCGUCGAGCUGGUCAUCUUGGGCGAAAACCGUUUGGGGAAAUGCGGAACAUGAGGAAGAAGAAAAAAGGGAACGAGUGAGACAAAGAGAAGGAGAACCAAUUGACAAAAGUGUGACUGCUUCAGCUAGUGCCGCCGCCGCCGCUGCUGCUGCUGCUGCUGCUGGAGCUGCAGGAGGAAAUGGUGCAAAUGGAAAUACCGGUGUCACGAAUCAAUCCGGAUCUUCUUCAGCUACAGCUUCUGGUGCCUCUUCUGGCACUUCUGGUGCAUCAAGCUUGGGACAAGGAGCCCAGGCUGGUGCCUCAGCUGCGGCUAAGGCUGAGUCGGGCAACUCGAAUCAGCCAAAUAAUGGCACAAUGCACAUUCAUAUUCAUACAGAUGAUGGAAGCGAGAAGAAAGAUAACGGACCUUUGGUUAAAGGAUUUGAAACUAGUGGAAAAGAAAAAGGAACUGAAAAAGGAGAUGAGAAGAAAGAAAAGACCGACAAACCAACGACAGCCACUUCUGAAGAGUUUAAUGGAAAAGAAAAAGAGAAAACACCGUCAAAUCAGAAGGGAGAAGUUGGAGAACCAGCUGAACCAAUCGAUCCAACAACACCUAAUGGAAAAGAUAAAAAAGAUGAGAAAGAGAUAAAGCAAACUGGUAAUGGCGAUGUUACACCAAAAACUGAUGAAAAGAAGAAUGAAAAGAAAGAGAUUGGCUCAAAUGGAGAAGACAAACCGACAAUUGGCAUUGAUGGAGGGGAAGGGACAGAAAGUGAGACAAAGAAUGGAACACGCACAAGAAUUAUCGAAGGAAGACAAGGGCCAAAAGAAGAUGGAAAUGGAGAGAAAGAGAAUGGAGGAAAAGAAGAUGGAGAUGAUGGGGUGACAGAGAAUGGAGAGAAGUCGACAGAAAGCGCCGAAGUACAUGGAAGGACAGAAACCAAAGAUUUCUCGACUGAGGUUACAGAAACAAAAGGAGAUGAGGAGAAUGGAUGGGCGGAGAAUUCGGCUGGAGAUAGCGAUGAGGACGGAGAUCGAGGGUCUGAUGAUGAUGAUGAUGAUGAUGGAGAAGGAGACGAGGAGCCGAUGAAUCCCGAUGAAGAUGGCACAUCGGAGACUGAACUCAAUACGAUUAUCGGAAAAACACAUAAACAGGAUUCAAAUGAAACCAAGAAUGAAACAACAGAAAAAACAAAUCCAAAAGAAAUAAGAAAUGAAAACGAGAAUGAAGAAUUGAUGGAACCAGAGAUUACGUCAUUGAAUGAGAAUGAAGGAAAAGAUGAUGUCAUUGAAAAGAAAAAGAAACGACUCGUAAAGGCUAAAGCAAGAGCAAAAGCUAAAAAGGAGGCAGCAAAACGACGCAGAAAAUUGCAAGCAGCAAGACAAGAAGCACAACGGAAACACAAUAAGGGACAAUUUAGAACAAUUCAGGCAACAGCUGAAAAAGACGAUAUCCCAGCAGAUCCAUCUCUAGAAAAGCCAGCGCCCAGACUUCUCGCUGAGCCAGCCGUCGCGGCUGCCGCUCCUGCUGCUGCUGCCGGGAGAAACUGUUUCGCAGCUGAUAGCAUUGUUUCCACUCCAAGAGGACCCCGACGAAUGGAUGAAUUGCAAGUCGGAGAUCACGUACUUGUGCCAUCUGCAAACGGAGUUCCCAAAUAUGAAAUGAUCGAAAUGUUCUAUCAUCGCAUUCCUGAUAGACGGACAAACUUUGUGGUUCUAGAGACUGAGAGUGGGCACAAAUUGUCGGUGACAGCCCUUCAUCUUUUACCAUUUGGAGACUGUGAAGAGAUGGGAAAACUCUUGAAUCAAAGUGAGGGAAUCGAUAUGGCGUUGCAAGGGUCUCGUUUCGCGCAUCGAGCAAAAAUCGGGGAAUGUAUCUUGAGAACAGCUGAAAAUGGAGAAAUUCGAGCAGAAAGAAUUGUCAAGAUUGGCCGUCGGAUUUCAACAGGAAUCUACUCACCAAUCACUGUUGAGGGAUCAAUUAUUGUUGAUGGAGUGCUGGCUAGCUGUUUUGCACAGGUGGAAUCUCACUCAACACACAAAGUUCUCUAUGAUUUCACCCAUUGGGUCUACAAAACAUUCAGUCUCACAUCAACAACCACAACCUGGUCUGAAGUUUUCCCUCUACCCCGAUUGGUUCAUUACAUGCACGAGUUGAGUCGACAUGUUUUGCCAUUCUCUAAACAU